AUUUUAAUAUUCUACAUCCGGUGGAAGACUAAUCAACGAGAGCUGCAAUCUUGCUGAGAUUGCUGCAUCAUACUUACCCCGGCUAGCCACCUGAUCUCGAUCCUAAGGCUUGCUUACCCAGGGGGCCCCUCGAACGCACGCGCGGGAAACAGCCCUACCAAUCUCGUCCUCUCAGUUACAGUCGCCAGACGCGCUGGUCGCAGUCCGGAUCCAUCAAGUCCCCCAGCAAAUCAACGACGAACAAGAUGGCUGUCGCAUCUAUUCAGGACCGAACCGCCGAGUUCAAGUCGGUUCUGGCCCAGGCCCAGCGUCGUCAGAAUGCGAACAAGGUGGGCUCGCAGAGGAGAUCGCUGCUCAACGACGCGCAAAAGUCUGCGGCAAAUGGAGAUGCCCGGGCGAGACGAUCAGACUUUGCCAGAAAAGCGGCAGAGAUUGGAAGAGGCAUCUCGGCUACCAUGGGCAAGCUUGAGAAGUUGGCGCAACUCGCAAAGCGCCGCACUCUCUUCGACGACCGGCCCGUAGAAAUCAACGAGCUUACAUUCGUCAUCAAGCAAGACUUGUCAUCGCUGAACCAGCAGAUCGGUGCCUUACAGACGAUGUCGAAACAGCAGCACCCCAAGGCUGACCAGGAGGGCGAGCACAACAAAAACGUGGUGUACCUGCUGCAGGGCAAGUUGACCGACGUCUCGGUGAAUUUCAAGGAUGUGCUAGAGGCCCGAACAAAGAACAUCCAGGCCUCGAGGUCACGUACCGAGAACUUUAUAUCCUCGGUGUCUCAGCAUGCGCAGCCAUCGCUACAGCAGUCUGCCUCGCCCCUGUACGGAACUCCAAACCGAGCAUCGCCUGCGCCUGGCAACGACACCCUCUCGCUGAACCCGGGUCCCAUGGGUGAUCAGCAACUGCUGAUGAUGGAAGAGGCCAGCACUACCAACACGUAUAUUCAGCAGAGAGGAGAGGCCAUCGAGGCCAUUGAGAGAACAAUCAACGAACUGGGAGGAAUCUUCAGCCAGCUAGCCACCAUGGUUUCCGAGCAGAGCGAAAUGAUUGAGAGAAUCGACGCCAACACAGAAGACGUCGUGGACAAUGUAGAGGGAGCGCAGCGCGAACUGAUGAAAUACUGGUCGCGAGUAUCGAGCAAUCGAUGGCUAAUCGCCAAGAUGUUUGGAGUUUUGAUGAUUUUCUUCUUACUAUGGGUUCUGGUCUCUGGGUAGAGAAUGCAAUUGGAUUAUAGACGACGCAGAUGCAGCUGUACGGAUACCACAGGACGGUUACGUUAUUUUCCCCCGUC